UGUGACAAGAUUAAAUUUGAAUAUUUAAUUUAUUAAUAGUCAUUCAGUUCAAGCAGGUUUCGAAAUGAAUUUUUUUAAGCACUUGUUAACCUCGGUCGACACAUUCAACGAAAUGUCAUUCGAAGGGAAAUACAACGCGAAAAGCCCUGCGGUUAAAAGAUUAAUGAGAGAAGCUCAAGAACUUCAUGAAGCUACAGAGGAAUAUUGCGCUGCUCCUUUAGAAGACAAUCUCUUUGAAUGGCAUUUUACUGUACAAGGUCCACCAUCCACAGACUUCGAAGGUGGUGUUUACCAUGGCAGAAUUUUGUUACCUCCUGAGUAUCCUAUGAAACCUCCAAAUAUUAUACUAUUAACACCAAAUGGCCGUUUUGAAACAAACAAAAAGAUCUGUCUCAGUAUUUCUGGUUAUCAUCCAGAAACAUGGCAGCCUUCCUGGAGUAUUAGAACAGCUCUGUUGGCUUUAAUUGCUUUCAUGCCAACACCAGGAAAUAGAACAAUUGGUUCUUUGGAUUAUAGUAAAGAAGAAAGACAAAAACUUGCAAAAAAAUCUCUGAGUUGGCAGUGUGACACUUGUGGGAAAGUAGUCGAUUUGUUAUCUAAAAAUUCAGUCAAGAAACCCAUCACAGAGGAAGAACAAACUAUGUUAGACACAAUUGCUUUGAAGGCUGAUGAGUCACCUACAUCAGAUACAUCAUUCACAGUCAAUACAGACAAUAUUUUAGAAAAUGAACUGAGGCAACGUAACGUUGAAACGACUUCUAUCGAGAAUCAAGAUCGACAAGAAUCAGAUGUUAUAGUGAAUCAACAAGUAGAAACGAUGUCAUCUUCUAAUGAUUUGUUUUGGAGCAUUCUAAUUGCUUCCUUAGUGUCAGCGAUUAUUCUGCUUGUUUUGCGACGACUAUUUCUCGUUUAAAUUAUUCUAAAUGUAACAAAAGUUAUAAUAUUGUAAGUAUGUUAACAAAACGAAGUAAAUUUUAUACACAUUUUAUGAACAACAUUUUUAAACUUAGAAAAAACAACUGUCAGAUUUAUAUACUGUAGAAAUGGAUCUGGAUUUCAUGGAAACAAUGUAUAAUUGCACCGAUGUAUCCACUUUAGAACAUAUCUACCUUUCUCUUACACAGAACCACUCGCUUUAUAAAAGUAUUAUAUACUUCUGUUUAAUAUACUUAAUUUGCAUUGGCUGUAUUUACUAGUCCUUUAAAUUCUUUUUUAUCUUUUUAAUAUAGCAUAUCUCAUACUGUAUAGUUUAAAGGAAUUUAAUUUGUAUCCCUAAAGAAAUUAUUAAUUAUUAAUUGCAUUUAACACAUAUAUUAGUUAUUAAUUUUCAUAUAUAAAUCAUCUUAGUAAUAUAUAAAUUAACAAGGAUAUUAUUUUCAUCAUUAUUAUACUAUGUUUAUGUCAAAUUUCCAAGUAUUAUUUAACUGAAUCUAUACUACAAUAAAAUUAAUAUCUCAAAAAUAUAUUUUAAAUGCUUAUGGUUUCAAACUAUAGCUAUGUAUUUUUUCUCUUAUUGUUACGCAAAUGUAGAUAAACUAUAUGUUAGAAAUGUAUAUAACUUAUAACUUUAGCAUAAACUAAACGAAUUAUUCGUUAUGUUGUAUUUCGAAAUACUGUGCAGAUAAAAUGCAAACAAAAUACACCAGUUUGAAAAGUAUCAAACUGCAGUAAAAAUAUAAUACUAGUAUCUCUAUUGACUACUUUAAUACCGGUUGAUAUUUUAUGUGCAUAAAACAAUUGUCAAUGUAAUAACAAAACGUACUCGUUACCCAGAAAUUGCGUAGAUGAUUCUGGCAUGGUUGAGACUUAAUUUAAAAUGUACUAACAGAACACGUUUAUAUCCAAAUGAAAGUUGUUUGAUAAAAUGUAAAUUUAUAACAAAAUUAAGUAUUAAUAUAUUUGAAAAUUAAAAACAAAGUAUUAUUGUUACGGGACCAUAUGGGAUAUGAUUUCAUUACACUUAUACACAAUAGUGAACCGAAAAUGAUUAAGAAUACAAAGAUAUUUAGGCACAAAGUAUAACAUUUUUCUUGUCAUUUGUUUUUGCAUGUACAUAGAAAUACAUUUAAUAAACAGUUUUUGAUUUGUUAAACAAUAAAUAAAGCCCAUACAAUUUAUUGCAAAUAACACCAUGGUUGUACACAAAAUCAUACUUUAAUAAAUGAAAAUAUUGAUGUAAGGAUAA